UAAUUAGCUUUUCUUGAUGUUAUAGAUUUUGUAACAUUAUAAAUAUGAGGCUUCUACUUCCAACACCAAUAAGAUAGCUCCCACAGAAACAUUCUUCUAUAAAAUUAUUCUCCAAGAGCUAUCCACCCACCCAUCCUCUUCUCUCUCUCUCUCUCUCCUUCUGGUCGAUCAUGGCAAGAACAUUAGAGCCUCUCAUAGUAGGAAGAGUGAUUGGAGAUGUCCUUGACUCCUUCUCUCCAACAAUGAAGAUGACAGUGACUUACACUAACAAGCAAGUCUGCAACGGUCGUGAGCUCUUCCCUUCCAUGGUUACCUCUAAGCCCAGGGUUGAGGUUCUUGGAGGAGACAUGAGAACCUUCUUUACACUGGUGAUGACAGACCCAGAUGUUCCUGGCCCUAGUGAUCCAUAUUUGAGGGAGCAUCUUCACUGGAUAGUGACAGAUAUUCCGGGCACCACAGAUGCUACAUUUGGAAGGGAGGUGGUGAGCUAUGAGAUACCAAGGCCGAAUAUAGGGAUUCACAGGUUUGUGUUUGUGUUAUUCAAGCAGAAACACAGGAAUACAGUGAGACCACCAACUUCAAAGGAUCACUUCAACACACGAAGCUUUGCUGCAGAGAAUGAGCUUGGGCUUCCUGUUGCUGCUGUCUUCUUCAAUGCCCAGAGGGAAACAGCUGCAAGAAGACGUUGAAGCACAAGAG